AUGAACAUUGAAGUUGUUGGAUAUCUAUUGAAGUGUAACGUUAAUACUGAAAUUUUUAAUUACUCUUAUGAAUUUCCAAUGGAUAUAGCGAUUAAAAAAGGAUAUUUAGAUAUCGUUAACAUGCUUUUGGUAAAAAAUAUUAAUGUGAAUCUGAGUCGAAAUGGCAAAGAGUCGUUUCUUUAUAGCGCCGUGAAAUUUAGGCACUUAGAUAUCGUUAAAAGUCUUUGUUCCUUCGGAGCUAAUAUUAACGAGAGAUGCUCUUUUGGAGUAGAAGAAGGAUUCACUCCGUUAAUGCUUGCAAGUAAAGUAGGUGAUCAAGCAAUAGUCUCCUUUCUCAAACAUAAAGGAGCUGAUAUUAAUGCUGAAAGUGUUAAUAAAACCACAGCGCUCUAUCACGCUGUUGAAGAAAAUCAUAUCGACAUGGUCAAAUUACUUCUAGAGUGGGACGCUAAUACUGCAGUUAUUAAUACAUCAGCGAUCGAACGUAAAUUCACACCAUUACAUGUAGCUUGUAAAAAUGGUAGCGAAAAAAUUGUUAAAUUACUUCUAGAGAACAAAGUAGAAAUUAACGCACAAGCAUGGCACAAUAAGACUCCUCUUCAUCUGGCAAUUGAAUAUCAGCAUCUUAAUGUAGUUCAACUUCUGUUAUAUUAUGGAGCUGAUACUGAAGCUCUGUGCAAUGCAUGGCCAGAAGAAGAAUUAACACCAUUACAUUUGGCUUGUAAAUAUAAGAAUUCUAAGAUAGUUUUAGCGCUUUUAAAUAAGAAAGUUGAUAUUAAUAAAAUAUUUUUCGGUGGAUAUACUGCUCUUUAUGUGGCUAUUCUUAAUUUAAAUUUAAUGUCUGCUCAAUUACUUUUGGAAAGAGGAGCAGAAGUUGAUAACAUGAUAGUACACACUUUAUCGCUGACCUGGAGAUUUACAUUGCUAAUUAUGGCCUGCAAAAAAAGCUUUUCGCUUGUAGUAAAAUUACUACUUAGCAAUGUUGUUAAUGAAAAUAACAUUAUUCAAACAUGGAUACCAUCGCAAAUACUUCCAGUGAAAAUAAACUAUAAAAUUAUUUACUUGGCUCGAGAUCCGGAAAACAACAAAUUUUAUACCUGUAAUCAGAUAAAAGAAUUGAUUACUGUUGUUAAGAAUCAGCAACCAUUGAUAACUAUUGCCAAGAAACCGCAUCACAGUUUUAUUCUUAAUUAUUUAAAGAAAUACUUAUUCGCACUAAAUCUUCAACAAUAA